CACAUCGUGGGGGUUCCGAGUCGGUGCGUUUGCUUGGCGAGGCAAGGCGGAAUUGGGGGUGGGCUCGAGAUGUGGGUGGGUGUGAUGGAUAUGAGGGGGUCGUCUUCGCUUCCGCUUUUUGUUCUUCUGUUCUUCCCUUUCAUUCGCUGUGGAGUUACCUCGUUGGGAGGAGGGCACGGCUGGGGAAGACUGGGACGGGCUGAGAUGGAGAAGUGGUUGGGUGGAAGGAUGGAAAGGUCCAAGGGCUGUGCUGGGCGGACGUCGGCAGUUGCGACAAGUCUGGUCGGGCUGGGGGAAUAUUCUCCGCGAAACGCGGCAAUGGGCUGCUUUGACAGGGUAUGGUGAGGUGAUCAAGGUAGCAUCGCUUGGCCCGGGUUGUGGUCUUUCACGCCUUUGCUUUUCGCACCCAAAUUUCCAGAGGCAAUACGGACC